AUGGAAGUCCCUUUGGCAAGGCUACCAACUCGUCCAUACGAUUCGUCCGUCAUCCUCCACUUUGAUUAUGAUUGCUUCUACGCUUCCGUCUUCGAGGCCGAAAAUCCUGCUCUCAGAUCACUACCACUUGCCGUGCAACAGAAACAAAUCAUAGUCACGUGUAACUAUGAAGCAAGACGCAGGGGCCUACACAAGCUUCAACUCGUCACUGAUGCUAAAAGGACCUGUCCUGAUGUUAUCAUUGUGCUAGGAGAAGACCUGACCCGCUUCCGCAAUGCGUCUAAAACUCUGUACAACUUCCUCCGGUCCUUUUCGUGGAAUGGCAAAGUGGAGAGGCUGGGCUUCGACGAGGUGUUUCUGGACGUCACAGACUUGAUACGUUUCAAUGUCGAUCUCCUAAAUUCGCAGCAUCUACAAAACUCUUUCUUCUGCCUUGAUAGGUCGGACCCCACUGCGGGAUUCAACUUUGAUGCAACCAGUGUCACGGGACACACGCAUGGGAUUGAAAGCCGGGGGAUCUCAUCACCCAAUCCAAAUCACUACUCAAAUCCAGACGAGGCUCUCCGGUUGCGGCUUGUGCUGGGGUCUCACUUGGCGCAAUUCCUACGUCUACAACUGGAAGAGAGGCACAAUUACACCUCUACGGUAGGGAUAUCCACGUCCAAGCUUCUCGCCAAGCUAGUAGGAAAUCUGCACAAACCAAAAAGUCAGACUACUCUCAUCCCUCCAUACACUUCGGAAGGUAACGACGAAAAUUCGGUCACUUCCUUCAUCGAUGGCCAUGAGGUCGGCAAAAUACCAGGAAUCGGUUUCAAACUGGCCCAGAAAUUACGACAUCUCGUUCUUGGAAGGCCUGCUGAUCUCAACAAUGGGCUUGUCUACGGAGAUACAAAAGCACACGUAUCCGUAAAGGAUGUGCGGACUUACCCAAACAUGUGUCCUGAACUUCUGGAGAACCUUCUCAGCGGUCCUGGUGCUCCCAAGGGCAUUGGUAUCAAGGUUUGGAACCUCGUCAACGGCAUCGAUGAGUCUGACAUCAGUCAAGCAAGGGACGUUCCACGGCAGAUCUCAUUAGAGGAUAGUUACCUCCGCCUAGACACAUACUCACAGGUUUUGGAAGAGCUGAGAAUGCUCUCAGUAAGUCUAUUAGAUAGGAUGCAUAUCGAUCUCAUGGAAGAUGAGACUGGCAUUUAUCCGGAAAGCGAGUUAAUGGAGAUACCCGCGCCGAAAAGGUGGAUAGCUUUCCCCAAAAGCCUCCGCCUUACCACGCGACCGAGACCACCACAAAAUCCAGAUGGUUCUCGCAAUCGUAGCUUCGCACGUAUCUCACGUUCGCAGCCUCUUCCAAAUUUCGUCUUCAAUAACAACGAAAGGAGUGACGUGACUGCUGAGCGACUGGUUGCAGAGGCUUUGAUACCACUGUUUCGAAGACUUCAUCCAGAGAAAAGUGGGUGGAAUUUGAGUCUCAUCAAUAUAGCAGUCACUGAUAUUGUUGAAGCCGCUGGAAACACUAAAGACGCUGCUGGAAGAGAUAUCUCCAAGAUGUUCAAGCAACAAGAUACAGUUCUCCGCCAGUGGAGACUCAAAGACACAGAUGGGCCGGGAGACAAUAGGGAUUCGCCACAACCAUCACCAGGCAAUUACAGCAUGCGACACCCUACCGAAGUUGGAGCUUCUCCUGGUAGUCAUGGUUCGUUGACUAUUAAUGUGACUUCGCCACAGCGAAAAAUGUCGACUGCAACUACUGAUCAGCAAUCUGGCCUACGCGGCUCCGAAGACUGCAUUCUCCUGUCCUCUCAAAGCACCAUACAUGAUAGUAAUACUGACAUGCGUAAAAGCAUUGAAGACACAGGAUGGGUAUCAGACGAAGACACGAUAUCUAGUCUUGCAUGUCCUAUCUGCGGAGCGAUGAUGCCGGCCUUUGCAAUGCAAGCGCACGAACGAUAUCACGACAUGGGCGAUUGAUAUCGGCGCGGCGCAGCUGUGCGCGACAGCCAUGCAUACACGCAAGUCAUCACACUAAGACAUGUGACAGGAAGCAGCUUGAACAGAGCUGUGCGCUCUCCUAUAUCGUUUCAAUCAAUGUCCAGGAAAUCGUAACGACUGUUCAAAGAGAUACACGUGAGCAUUGUACAGUACUUGUCCAUCAGUUCCCGCGUCUAUGCCUUUUUACACCAAAAAUGACCUUACUUAUAUUAUAAGCCCUGCAUUUAAAAACAGCGGCUAAAACUUACUCUAAAAAUUAUAAAAAUUAUAAUUUAUAACUAAGGUGAUACUUCUACUUAGAAUUCUAAAAUAGAGUUUUGAGUGGGUAUAGAAGUAUUUUAAAAUCGGAUAAGAUUAAAAUAGUCGAUUUUUUCCAUAUAAAAUGCGAGAAAAUAGUAAGUUUUCACUAUCUCGAGUUUAUUACUAUCUAUAGAGAGC